GUGAAUUGGAAUUGGUAUGGCGAUUGGCGAGUGACUAACCUCUUGAUUGAGUGAAAGGAAAAUUCAAGGGGCUGUGCUGUGAUGUUUAGUCCAGAUGGGCGAGUGUGACUGAGGAUGCUCUCGGUCUCAGGCGACUGUCUCUUUGAACCUACAUGGUGACAGACAAGAUCGAUCGAUAUGUUUCGAGCCAGAAGCGGUUGGAUUCAAUUUGCAAAGAGGGGUCAGCUGGUUGGAGGCAGAGCUUUCUGCCACACCAACAAUAAACUAACAACGAACGCCGACCACAAUGCCUAUGCGUCUGUGCGAGACUACGAAGCGUAUCGGCAGCUGGACAAGCUCGAUUUCAUGACUGCUGCUAAGAUUCUCUUCACUACUCCACCCAAGAAGAAGAAAUUCGGGAUCGAUUUCCAUCUUGUACAACUCUUCUUUGCCUGCAUGCCUUCAUUGGCUGUUUAUUUGGUGGCUCAGUAUGCUCGGUAUGAAAUAAGAAGAAUGGAGGAGGAACUGGAGUUGAAAAAGAAGCAAACCGAAGAAGAAGAAAAAGAGAAAGAGUUGGAGUCGAAUGCCGCUGAAGAAAUUGGAGAGGGAUCUGAUCCAGAGCUUUUGAAGGUAAAGGUAAGACUAGAUAAACUAGAGGAGGCUGUAAAGGAAAUUGUGGUCGAAUCAAAGAAACAAUUGGAUAGCAGUGUAGCCAAAAACCAGGAUAACGGUAGUAAACUUGAGAGGCAACCUAACAAAACUAGCUCCCAAAGUAGAUCAGAAGCCAGCAACUCAGCAGCUAAAAACCUGAAAUCUGAGGAAAUAGCACCAGGCUUGAGCAAAGGGACCCCGACAGAGUCACUACCAGUUACUGAUGCUUCCCCACAUGAUCAGAAGGGAAAGAUCUAAAAUGAAACCCGUGAUCAAGAUGUGAAAAAAAUGAAUAACAGCUUCCUUAGGGGAUGAAAAUCUCCAUCCUCCUGGGAGCAUGCAAGGGUUUUAUGGUUACCAAAGUCUGCUUCCAAUGGGGUUGGCUCAGUUUCUUUUUGUGAGAAUCAACAUCAGUUAAAUGACCAACAUUAGUGGCACAAAGCACAAAGGGCCACAUUGCUUCAAUGCUUUAAAUUGCUGAUGGUUGGAAAUAUGUACUGCUUUGGCCACUAUCUUCCUUUUUUCUUUGCCAGGUUUUCUCUUUAUGCGAUUUGUAAGAGCAAAAUAUCUGAUAGUACAGCCUUAUUCAGUUUUGAUCACUGCAGAUUGCAGAAUAGAAUUUGGUGUAAUGCAAUUUCCUCUUAUAAGUCAA